GGGAACUAGAAUAAGCAGGGACCCUUGUUUAGUUUUCCUCGACCUCUUUCUCUCCCUCGGCGGCUCUGAAAUGAGAAUCCAGGAAAGCACCUUCGAACCGAACACCCUGCUCCUCCUCUGCUCCAACUCUCUUCCUCCUCCUCCUCUCUUUCUCUCUCUCUAAUCCCCGACGCUAAUGGCCUCUCUCUCCAGGAGGACCCGCCGACCCCCCGCUGACGACCAAUCCGGGGGAAAAUUAGUCAGAGGGAGGCGAAUUUUCGCUUCUAGAACUCCCUACGACCGCCCUACAGCGCCGGCGCUGUCGGCAGCCACCACCGCCGGCACUGCUAAUGAUUGGCUUAGAGGAUACAUUUUGCCUACUUCUCGGAAGAUUGCUAGCGGCGCCACCAGGCUUCUGUCUUCCAUUUUUGGUCCCGACACGUCCUCCUCGUCUUCGUCCACAUCUUCCGCCGCGGAGGACUCCUCUUCGGAGGAUGGAGAUGGUGAAAAUGAUGGAUUGAAUAAGAAGAAUGGGACCGGAUCAGAAUUGAUUGGUCGCUUUAGGAGGGAGCCUCAACGAACUGUAGGAAAGAGUGAAACCAAGAGGCUUAUAGAAAAGCUACUUAUGCAGGAGACUUUCUCCAGGGAAGAAUGUGAUAGACUAGUGAAGAUUAUUAACUCACGAGUUAUAGAUGGUUCCCCCAUUGAAGAGGGUCAAGCAGGCAGAUGUGGUGAGAUACGCAGCAAAACAGUUGAUACUCCUGAUAUGUGCAGUAAAGCUGUCAUGGAAGCCAAACAAUGGUUAGAGGAAAAGAAAGGUUCAUCAAAUUCAAAAUUAGACUUGGAUUAUGGAACCUGUGCACUUAAUUCUGUUUUGCUGUCGCAGGUUGCUAAUACUGAACCAGGGUCACCUGUGGAUGUGGCCAAGUCUUAUAUGCAGGCCCGUCCUCCGUGGGGAUCUGCUUCAAUAAAUUAUAUUGAAUCGAGAACCCUGUCACCAAUGGAAAUAGAUCUUCUAAAUAGAGAAACACCAUAUUCUGCUGCUGGCAUCACUGUCUCCUCAUCAAAGAAUACGACCUGGAUGCCGCAGAAAAUGCAUUCUCUUGCUAGUGGAUCAUGGAAUAUACAGGAGGAACUACGAAGAGUUCGUUCUAGGGCAUCAGAAGACAUGCUAAAGACAGCCCCAUCUACAAAAAUUGUUACGUCUUCAUUUUCUCUGCAACCCAAAAACACCAGAAAUUCUUUACUAGCUGAUGAAAGAGAAUUUGAUAGGCAUGAGUUGAAAUUAUUACCAGCACUGGAAUUGGCUGCGGGAAUGAGUACUUGUGAUGGCUUACCAGCUUCUGUUUCGGAGAUGACACAAGAUGGUUCCCCAAAUGACAUUUUGUUGUCACAACCAGUUAUUUUAUCCACACAAAAUCAGGAUUUAGAAACCAUUCAGAUGGCAGAGGGACAUGCCGCUUCUGCAUCGCAUCAACCAAUCAUUCCGGAUUUUGCCUUAGCAGAUUCAAGAUCAAGUGACAGAACUUGUUUGACUGCUGAAGAAGAGACUGAAUUGAGAGUCAAACCAAAUGCUAAUGGUUUCCCCUCUCAAGGAUCUAGUUUGUUGCCAGAAGAUGGAAAAGAAAACCCUAGUCCCUCAGAUGACAAGCACAUCGGUCCAAGCCACGGGAACAAGGAGUUGGCUGAUAGAGGAUUGCUUGUGGAAGAGACUGACGAGCUUCUACAUGAAGCUCCCAAUGAGGUUCCACUUGUAAACGAAAACAAUAGCUCUGCAGAUGGCGGACAGAACGGCGCUAGCAUGCAUGUCGAGGAGGAGUUAUCCCAGGAACAGAGCCCAGUAAAUCAGAAACACGGUUUCAGGGGCAGAAGGGGAAAGAAACUGACCAGAUACAACAGAAAACCCAGGACAAAGGGGUAGGGGAGGAUGAUGAGAGGUGAAAGGUGUUUUUGAUACUGUACAUUAGAGGUAGGAAAUUAAGGUUCUUCUGCGUGGGGAGUCUCUGUCUCUCUCUGUGUGUAUGCUUGUAGGGAUCACGAUUAUCUACUGCCAUUUUUAUGCUUCACCUUUAGGUUGUUAUCUAAGUCUAACCUGCGGCUACGAUCAGGUGUAUGCUGUAAGCAUAGAUAAUGCGCUUUCCGUUUGUUGGCAACUCCCGCGUCCGGUGGUCCGGUCUGGUCUGGUCUGCUCUGCUCGCGCUUUUUUCUGUUGCAUGGUCUCUAUUCUAACUCUGCCGGAAGAAGCCCGGGAGUCAAGUCUUAUGCCACGAUGACUAAAUUCUAGUUGUAGCUGUGAGCGCUAGUGAAUGUAACAAUUAGGGUUUGUGUUCUGGACAAAACAAGAUUAUUUGUGUUCCUAUUUUUAAUUUAAUCGAGUCAUUUCUUAGAA